AUCGUUUUGACCGUUAGAAGUGGAAUAAAACGUUGCUGUUUUCAGGACUUCAAACUGUUUUUUGUUUAGUUUUCGGCCCGAUUGUUCGUCUAGUGAACAGACCAAAGAUGGAAGGUGCUGACGCCUGGUUAGAACCGGUCCGGAUCAUUAUCCAGAGCAGCUUUAGGUUGGAUCCGGAGAAAUGGCGGGAGUUUGUAUCGGCGAAAAGCAACAUGGCGACUCUGAGCAGGUUCAUUAACGGUCCUGAUUACCUCCACCUGUUCCAUUACCUGCAGCCGGAACCUGGCCUCUGUGCUAGCCCCAGCCUCCCGUCAGGAAUCCACACCAAGGUCCUCUGUGUGUCCAAGACGGUCCAGGAAGCCUUGCCAAAGGAAAACUCUGGAAAAUUCCUCAGGAUGCGGGAAUUUAUUGGAGGAGAGGCUCUGAGGACCCUAAUAAGCCUUACUGAGGAGGUCACCUGGCCAUUGCUCAGCAGAGCAGAGAGCAGCAACAGGUGGGCUUUGGGCGUGGCCAAGGAUGCCCUGAAAGUCCUGGAGAGGCAAAAGAGCACCGCAUUGGUGUUGAAGGCUCAGGUGGAGGGACACACCUUCCUUCCUCCACCUGAUGCUCUCUGUCAUCAGGAUGACCUUGACUUCCUCCAACGAGGCUGCAGCGUCAUCCAAGGUGUUGGUUUCCAGGAAAACAACAGCAGUGGUCAUGAGCUGCUUCAGGAACAUUCUCCAAAUAGCCUCCACCUCCAUGAGAACAACAACUUCGAUACCAGCUACCCUGUCAAUCAUUGCAGUGAUCUCUAUGACAACAGCUCCCAUGUGGAUCAGAUUGAACAGAAGCUCUCGGCUGUUCAUCUUGUUCAUGCCUGUGAGGAGACUGUUGUGGAGUGGGUGGAGCUAGUGUCUGACUUCCUUCAGCAGGACUGGUCUGAACAGCCUCUGGACCAACUAAAACCCGUCCCUUCAGAGGAGUUUGCCUUCUGGAGAAACCGUCUGAAGAAUCUGCUUUUCAUCCAGAACCAGCUGAUGAGCCCCAAAGCCCAGCAGAUGACGUCCAUCCUCCAGGCUGCAGACAGUGUCUACUGGACAGCUCUGCAGGACCUGCAGUGUGUUGUCCAGGAAGGUGUCCGGGAAGCCGAAGACAUCAUGGUGAACCUGGCUCCGGUUCAGGAGAAGCUCAGUGAGGUUCUGGAGAUGGACUUCUAUAAGCUGAGGAACCACAUGGCAGCCGUAAUGGAGGAGGUUUAUCUGCUGUGGAUGCGCUCUGAGUUCUACUGUUGGCCCAGUAGGAUGCUGGUCCUGCUGCAGGAGAUCUGCAACCUCUUCAUCCACCUGAGCAGGAAGUUUCUGCCAGGACAGAAAGUGAUUCAAGUUCUGAUGUCAGAACCCGGUCCAGUUCUGGGUGAGAUCAGACUCGUGAUCCACACCCUUCAGACUCUAAAGUUGGCAUACACUCAGAUGCAAACCCAGUUAGAGCUCCAGAACCAGGCUACACCCUCUCGCAGCUGGACCUUCCCAUCGCACUUGGUUUUCAUCCACCUGGACACCUUCCUGAGACGCCUGCUCAGCAUCCAGGGAGCACACUUCAUCACUGUGCGGUUCUACCAGCUGGAUCAGACGAUUCUGUCUGGAGUCAACGGCACGUUGUUGACAGAUGUGGUUCGGGAGGCGUAUCAGGACUUCCUGGUCCAGGUGAGGGUGCUGUCUGGCUGCAACUGUGAUCCAACGGACCCCGAGGACCAGAGCUUUGAGCUGAACCUGGAUCAGUUCCAGGCUCAGGUGUCAGACCUGGAGACUCGACUGGUGUCGGUGCUGAGCAAGGCACUAGAGGACUGCAGCGAAGCUUUGUCUGCCAUCAAGCUGGUAAAGAUGUUCUGGUUUUUCCUGGACCGCCUUCUGGUCCAGGAUCAGCUUCCUUCAUACCUGAACCAGCUAGUGGAGCAGGUUCUGACUGAUCUGGAUCAGACUGAGCUGGAGUUCUACAGUGAGAGGGAAGAGCCCGAGAGAUUCUUUAGAUUCCAUCCAGCAGCUGCAGCUCGCCUCUGCUGGAACCGCCAGCUCCGCCGGAGAGCUGAAGAAGCUCUGAGGAGCUUCAGAACGAUCCAGAACCUGUGUGGGGGUUUGGCCUUGUCACAUUUGGUACUCAAGAGGUUCAAAAAGAUCGUGGACCUGUUGCAAGACUUCAGAACCAGCGUUCGGUCUGACUGGAGUUGGGAGUUGGAGUCCGAAUGUGGUGUGAUCCUGAACCAUUCUCUGAUCCAGAUUACUCAUCCGGACCAUCUGGAGGUGGCCUGCAGGUACCAGUUGGAGGCGCUGCUCCAGGAGCUCAGGUAUGUGACCAGAGAAGGACACGUGGAGCUCCGCCCCCACACUGUUCAUCUCCUGAGUUGCAGAGAUGACAUCACACAGAAGUACCACUGCCUGAAACAGAUAGUGGUCUGCUACAACCAGGUAGUGGGCGGGGCCAUGGAGGUAGAGCUUCAUCUGAUCCAGGAACAUCUGCAGGAGCUGGAGCAGAUUCUGUGUGAACUGCAGAGGAAAACCUGGAUCUCUGAGGGUGUGCAGCAGCAGAGCCAGCAGGUGUUGAUUGUUCAUUUCAACAUCAGAGAAGCUAGAUCCAACAUGGACGCCAUGAGACGCAUUGCACAUGGGUGGGCGGAGCUUGACCUUCUGCAGCGUUCAGAGGAUUCUCUGUUGGAGAGCAAAGUUAAAGAUCAGACCUGCAGAAACAUUAAAACAGACGGGGAGCAGCUGCUCAGGUUAACACAGGUGAACAGGAGUCUAUACAAAGCUGAUGAGUCCUCUCAGGCUUGGAAAAGGUAUCUGGACUACAUUGAUGACAGAGUCCAGGACGGGUUACUACAGCUGCUAAUCAGAGCUCUGCAUUUUCUAACAGACAACAUGAGCCCACAGGUACACACACACCUGGAUGUCAUGCCUGAGAACAAAGCUACCUGUGGCCCCGCCCUGUUCUCUGUCACUCUUCAGCUGCAGGAAACAGGAAGUGUGUUUGAGCCAACAAUAGAUGGUGGCCUCAUAAAUGUCAUAAAAACCAUCAUAAGAGACAUUUAUGGCGCUGCCAGUCUGAUUCCCAGGAUCUCUUUGAGUCGCCAUGGUAACUACCAGGUGUUGCUGCAGCAGAACCCAGAGCUGUGUACACGGGAACAAGAAGUGAUGUGUCGGCUGCUGCAGAUGAAGGAGGAGGCAGAGCAACUGAGGGCCGGUCUAAACAGGUAUUCUCACCUGUGGCAGAGUGACAGGACGGCAGUGUUUCAGGAGUUCCUGACCUAUGGCAAGCAGCUGGGAGCCGAGGCGGUAGAUGCCGAAAGGAAACCACCGUCCCUAAAGGACUUCCAGAGAGAGAUCCAGGUUCUGCUCACUCUCAGCUCAGAGGUGACUCAGCUGGAUGAGGUGAUUCUCCUGAAUGGCUGGCUGCAGGUAGACAUGUGUCCCUUCAAAACCUGCCUGCUGUCCAUAAUCCUCGACUGGAAACACAUGUACACCCACCAACUGCUGGAGUCUGCCACCAACAGUCUGCAGCAGGUGACCCAACCCAGUGCUGAUGAUGAAGAGUCCCUAUCUUCCUCCACCGUUUCCCUGACAGACACCAUCCUGCUGCUGGAAGCUUCUGGAGUGGAGCUGCCUGAACACCUGGCUGCACAGCUGCAGUAAUGGUUGUGACUGCUGAGAGACUACUGAGAAGUCUCCUGACCUCAGAUUUUCCUGACCUCUCUUCAGAGGACACCAUGGGGUGACAUCUUAACACAUGACAUGUUUCUAUAAAUGGUUCUUACCUGAUGUUUCUACCUAAAAGGUGUCAACAGUCAUUUGGUGAGACAUCGUAAUAAAAUGUGUGAAUCUGAA